UAAACCCUCAAAACACAAUCCACCUGUGGCAUUAGUAAAGUCUAAACUGUGAGUCUUAAAAACAAUAAAAUAGAAAUAUUUUAAAUUAUUUUUUGUUGUGCGUUUCCGCAUAAAAGAGGAGCGGAGCUGUUAGGUAGGCCAACCCCUUAUUACGUUUUAAGGAAGUUGCUCAACGUCGGAAAACACAUUUUACCGAGUCGAAAGUGAAGUAUCCAUUUCUGUUUAGCAGCGAAUUUUAUCGAACUGAAUCACACGUUGCUGACCAUGUAAUUUAGAUGAUUUAUUUUAAACAAUCAAACUUUAGUUUGUGAAGAAGUGCGGUAGGAUGAACCGCUCGGUGACUUCCGCUACGUAUGUUCGCAACAUCAGCUACAGUUUGCGCCGCCAGCUGUCCGACUUUCUGGACCCUCACGAGACGUGGAAAGACCUGAUUGUGGCCAUACGGAAGCCGAGCGGGGAGCCCAGGUACACUCAGCAUCAUGUCAGGAGAUUUGAAGGUCUCAUGGCUCAGGGUAAAAGCGUCACAGUGGAGCUGCUCAAUGACUGGGGGACCACAAACAGCACAGUGGGGGAACUGGUGGACAUCCUGAGGAGUCUGAACCUACUGGCUGCUGCCAAUCUGCUCUUACCUGAAUCCAUAUCCACAGAAACACAGCAGGAGGUAUCCUCAGCCAGACCGGAAGUAGCUCCUCCAACCUUACUGCUGGGUGAAGAAGAGGCCCAGCAUCCACCUUCAGCCUCCUCUCUGCAGACACGAAUGCUGGAGGAGGAUGGAGGAGGAGACACAGGUUUCCCCAGAUUCCUGUACAGCGAGCUCAUGAGGAUCACCAGGAACUUCGAUGACCGCUCCAUUUCAGACGGGGGCAGUCGUAUCGGCGAGGGAGGCUUUGGGACCGUCUACAAAGGUCUUCUAGACAGCAGACCCGUCGCAGUCAAAAAACUCAGUCCAAUGGAAGACAUGCCGCUGGAAAGCUUACAACUUCAGUUUAACCAGGAGAUUCAAACUCUGAAAUUGCUAAAACACCAAAACCUGGUUGACAUGGUUGGGUUCUCCUCUGAUGAGCAGCAUCUGUGUAUAGUCUACGCCUUAAUGGCAAAUGGAUCUUUGCUGGAUCGACUUGCUUGCUUGGAUGGAAGCCCUCCUCUGUCCUGGAAACAGAGAUGCUCAGUAGCAGAAGGUGCAGCUAGAGGACUGGAGUACCUUCACUCCAACCAUCACGUCCACAGAGAUGUCAAAAGUGCAAACAUCCUGUUAGAUGAAAACUAUGUGGCUAAAAUCUCAGACUUUGGGCUUACAAGAGCAUCAGCCAAUCGCACAUCUGCAACCAUGAUGACAGAGAGGAUUGUGGGUACUCGUGCUUACAUGGCGCCUGAGGCGCUAAGAGGAGAGGUCACCCCAAAAUCAGAUGUGUUCAGCUUUGGAGUGGUGUUGUUGGAGCUAUUGUCUGGACUCCCCCCAGCUGAUGAAAAGCAGGAGCCCCAAUUCUUGAUGGAGUUUAGGUAUGACAUAGACGAUGAAGAUGAAGAGCUAACUCUGGAAGAUUUUGUAGAUAAAAAGAUGGGUGACUGGACGAUGGGUCAAGUGGAGAGCAUCUACUGUUUAGCCUCUAACUGUCUUCAUGAGAGGAAAAACAGAAGACCUGUCAUCAAACAGGUCCUAUCAGAGAUUCACAGUGUUGUUAAGACUAUUUUAUUGGAUUCUCCAUGAAGCAGCACACAUACUGGAGAACCGCCCCCUCAAAGAUGUCUGGACCAUUUCUAUGCAUUUAUUAAUGUUAUUGCUUGUUGAAUGUUUUGCAUCAAAAUCUCAAAAGUACAUUUUCAUAGAUUUAAUUUACUUUAUCAAUACUGGUUUGUGGAGUUUUGUAUCAGAUUUUCAAACCCAGUCUGUGUUUUAUAAUAUGAAAUAAAACAAAAUGCACAAUUUAAAUAUUUUAUUUAUUUUUUUUAAAGAAAUUUGUAAGAAACCAAGUAAGACUGAUACAUGAUUCAUCUAUUAGGGAUUUUUCACUUUACACAUGAGGUGAGUUAAGGUUUGCCUAAUAUUAAUCAGCAGACCAGUGGAAGGAGCACUAGAUUUGUUUAAAUCAAAUAUUUAGUAGUAUUCCCUUUUCCUAUCCGUAGCUUGGCAUUCCGUUCUCCAAGUUUGAGGAGCUUCCUGUUCUCCAAAUCAUACGUGUACUGGUGCGACAUUCUGGAAGCCCCGGUUAUUUCCACUGUGAUCCAGGCUGACGGUCGACAAAAACCACAACAGACCGAUUCAAUCGUAGAGCAUCACACAGCUACAGUAUGUACAAUUACAGCACUUGCAUAGAAAAAUAAGUUUCUCAGCAGAUGAUUUCUUUUUCCAUGUAAACCAUAGUUAUAUAUAUAAAAAAAAAAA